GGCAAACAGAGUGCGAAGGUUGAUCCCUCCGCUCACCCAACAAUGGCCGAUGACCACCUGCUGGGCAAUCGGCAACGAGCUGCUGCCAUAGGGUUUUUGCGUAGGCGAGGGACUGAAAGAGUAUUGGAGCGUGGUAAUGUUUCAAAUCAGGGUGCAAACAAGGACCGGGAAGUGGAAUCAUCAUAUACAUCCGAAAACGGGAUAGUUGGUCCAGCUCCAUCAGCCGAGGUUGGUGAACCCAUCUUUUACUCUGAGCUUGAAGAAAUUCCUGCGGAACAGCCCACUUUGGCCAGUUCCUCGCAGCAAGUGUAUGUCCCACCAGCGCCAACAGCAACACCGUCUCCUUACAAUGGCGUGCUUUCGCUUGAGCGAAUAUCUGUAAUGCUGCGACGGAAAGAAGACGAGCUUCGACUUCAGAAAGAAGCUGAAGAAAUGAAUGAAACUACUUUUGAAAGAAAAUUGCGGGUUUUGGAGGAACAGCGGCAGAGAAUGCGAGGGGACGCGGAGGAAGCAGACCGACUCGCCCAGAGAACGUUGGCCAUAGGCUUUCUUGGAAAUAACAGAAGAGUGGGUAGUCCUCGUGAGGAACUCGAGCGCAGGCCGACUUCACGGGCGGAAGCAGCCGUUACGCAUAUGGACGAAGAUCACGUUCGGGAUUGGUCUGUAUCACCAAUCCGUCGAUCGCGAACAACACUGGGGCGCAAGCGAAAUCUCCACCGACGACAUAGUAGCGUAGAUACGAUUUUAGGUGAAGAAGUGCGGGAUAUAUUAGAAGGAGAGAUAUUUUCUGAGCCGGAGCUGGUUGAAGCAGAUGUGAGCAUAGGAGACGGCACCAAUACUGAAGGUCCAGGGUCACUCCGGUCUGAUCCGGACUUUUUCGAACCAUUGAAAGGGGAGAAAGACCAGCUCCGUUCCGGUCGAUUCUCCCCGUCCCCGUUUGGAACCUCCGUGCCAAUGCAUGUCGAUCCUGCGAUGCCCAUGCCAAAUUUCCCUGUCCGCUCUUCAAGUCGAUCGCGGAUGCUAGCCCCCCCGAAAAUGGAGCGUGCAAUCACUAUUCCCGGACCUUUAUCGCCUCAGUCGCCUUUGUCUCCUCAUUCCCCUCGAGUUCGCCCUGCACAAAUGCCCAAUUCACUACUUGGAUUGCGCGGACGCCUACCCACAUCAGUAUUCCCGCAAGAUCCAGAAGACGUUGAAUAUGACGAAAAUUGGAGUGAUACUGGAGCAAAUGAACGGAAUCGUGGUCAAGAUAAUGAAAUUGAGCAGACUCCCACCCAAAAUGGUCAAGGGAUGGUCUCGCCACCAAUGUCACCAUCUCGACCGUUACGCCAAAGAUCAGAGUCCGAAGUCGCGGUGGACGCCGCACAAGAGUGUGUGGAAGAGUUCCCCCUCCGUCGUGCCGAUGUAUCCUAUGGCCCUCCGCCCCAAGGUUCGGCCAUUCAAGCACCUUCGAACGGCCCAUCAGGACGCCAGCACCGCGUGGAUUUUGCUGAGUCUUCUGCAGAAAUCCGAGCGUCACCGCCGCCGGUCACUGGUAUCAUGCAAUCCCGCAAAUUUCUUCAUCAAGGUCGUGCGUGGCAAGUUAUUACGACAAGUACCGUCAAAGAUCGAUACCUCUUCUUGUUCAGUGACGUUUUGAUCAUUGCAAAGCAGCUCAAGGUAGAUCAGGAUGAUCCAAAACAGUCUAUCUAUCAAGUCAAGUCGAUCAUGCCACUGCGUAACGCACAGUUGGUACUGAAGGACGAACGAUGGCAGUAUAGUCCACGUGCCCCCAGCCCUGCUGUACAGUCGGCAAUUCGGAAGUUUACAACAAAUCCGAUCAAGGCGAUUGCAUACCUUAUUGCUAAAAGGGCGUUUCCUUGUACACCUGAUGCAAUCGCGCAUUUUCUACAUGUAACAUGGGGGUUGAGCCGGAAACAGUUGGGAAGGUUUCUGGGGAUUCCGGAACACCACGACAUACUCCAAGGCUUCUUAUCGUUCUUUCCAUUCAAGAACCAGAGGUUAGAUGAGAGUUUGCGAUUGUUUCUCUCUUCCAUACGGUUGCCAGGAGAAGGUGCGGUGAUAGACGCGAUACUGGACACAUUUGCAAAACGCUGGUAUCAUUGCAACAAGGACGCGGUGGACUAUGACGCCCACGUCACUCUAAAGCUUGUGUUUGCCAUCAUGGAACUUAACGCUGAUCUUCAUAACCCAUACGCGGAUGAGAAUAAUUCAACGACCAUGCGAGAGUUUGUAGAUCGAUUUCGUACUGGUGUACGUGCCGACGCGGUCGCUGCGGGAUCAGGGGUCUAUUCCUCGGGCGUGCCAUCAGACGUGUUGGGAGAGAUCUAUGAAAGCGUCCGACGCGAGAAAUUGGAAAUGGCGGAAUUGGAUGGUGACUUGAUGGUCAAGGAGAAAAUUUCUGUCGAAGUCGAUACUGAUUACUUGCAGAGUCGAACGCCCGCCCUUCAGGAUACCUUUGCAAGGGACCGAAGGGUGGCGCAAGACAAUGAGUUUACACCUCCUCCAUUCCCUUCACGAUUAACGCUGAAACAUACCUCUCCGCCUAUUCUUGUGCGCAUUCCAUAUCCGGACGCCCAUCUUCGCAUUCACCUUCAUGGACAAGAUCUCCAAUUCGAUCCUCCCGUCCUCGAGUUCGUUCGUUCUAAUGUAGCGGUUUUCUACAUGCGCGGUUCCGGAUUGGGCCGCAAGCUCGUCUUUUUUACCAAGCGCGGGUCAUCAGCAAAACGCUACGCCACCCCUCAAACCCGACAAGUUACCAUUGAACCCGCGUUCCUCCGUCAUAGUUUUCAGAUCACGUUCCAUAGCCACCUGGAUGGUAUCGCAGGCGAUAAUUAUCAACCACCCUCGUCCGCACCCAGCAAGAAAAAGUAUCUUUUCGCCGUCUCAGACCAACCGACGAGGGAGCAGUGGGUUGCAUCUUUUUCCGCUGGCGGAAUUGUACCCAACGCUCCUGCUCCCCGCCGUGCACCCACAUCCUACUCCCGACGACGAACAAAUUCAUCGAGCAGCUCGACGUCAACAUCGAGCAGCGAAGAAAUGGAGGCGAUCCAGGAACAGGUGGCCAUUCGAGUUCUAAAAGAUUAUGUAUUGCCAGUGGACGGGAGUCCAAUGAGUGCGGAAGGUAUUGUGGAUGCUGUAUUGCGGAAUGCUCGGAUACCACUCGCAUUAGGCUUUUUGAAGAAUCAAGGCUGGUGAAACGGACACACAUAUUGCACGCAUGUUCGGUAAAACUUUUUUGUAAUUAUGGCACAUAGUUUUUUUUUUAUCGUGGGGUAGGGUAGGUAGUGUUGUACACUAGCUUUCUGUAGUUUUUUUUCAUGUUUGUAUAUUGAAAAAUAUGGCUCGCUUCCAGAUGCA